UGAUACUGCUGAGACGUACUGAAUUGUUGCAUGCAGUAUUAAAGCGAUAAGCUUUGAAUGUUAUUCCAGUGAAUAUGAUGGGGUUGUAGAAGCAGCAGCACGCGCUUGGCGGAAACAGUGGGGAGAAGUUGUGUGUGUUUUCUGCCAUGAAGGAGUGGCCCAAAACUUUAGUUCCUCUGUGUUUGUGUAGUAGAUGCUUCAUGAUGGUAAUCGUUGCUGCAUUUGUUUCGUAAGCGGAGAACGCGGAGAAAAAAAGAUUCAAACCACCGGUCUCAGUGAGAGGAGGUGACACCAAGGAGAAAAAAUGCCGGGACCUCCUCCACCUCCCCCUCCCCCACCCCCCACCUUCUCUCAGGCAAACAUUGAGAAGCCUGUCUUGAAUAAAUCAGAGGAGAAGGGCAGGAAUGCUCUACUGUCGGACAUCAGCAAAGGAGCCAGGCUGAAGAAGACGGUUACUAAUGACCGUAGUGCCCCCGUAUUCGAAAAACCCAAAGCAGGUGGCGGUGGAGGAGGAGGUGGGCCUGGAGGAGGUGGUGGCGGAGGGGGAGGGGGAGGGUUUGGGGGUGGGGGAGGAGCUCCAGGUGGUCUGGGAGGACUCUUCCAGGGGGGUAUGCCAAAGCUACGCUCCACUCGAGAUGACUCCAGUUGCGUCAGGCCUCCGGUUCUGCCACCUGGUGCUCGUAGCACUGGUCCAAGGCCCUUUGGAGGAGGAUCUGGCUUUGGCCCUCGUCCGCCUAUGCAACGCAGUGAAUCCGUCGACCCCCCACGUCCACGGAUGACCCCACCUCGUCCUGAAACACCUGGAGGGCCUCCUCCACCUCUUCCAAGUGCCCCACGGCCCUUUCAGAGUGGCGCACAGAGCAGGGGACCACCCUCACUUCCAGGGACUCCCCGCUUGGGUUCUGCCCCGACACCUCCACCUCCAAACCCCCCUGGACGGCAGCCUGCACCUCCACCGGUGCCAGGUGGAUUUGGUCGUCCUCCUUCAAUUCCUUCGCCCUCUGUCGGUCACGCCGGACGACCCCCUCCUCCCCCUGCACCCGGGCGCGGUGAUGACCGUCCUCCACCUAUUCCCCCUGUAAAUCGUUCUUCUUUGCCUCUCACUCGGGACAGCCCGCCCCCUCCACCCCCUCCGUCAGCAAUUAAUAAACCAACUCCUCCUCCGACUCCUGCUCCCGCCUCUUUGCGGGCACCUGUAAGUGCAGCACCUCCACUCCCGCCAGGAAGACCAAGCUCACUUUCUCCCGAUGAGCAUACGCCACGCCUUCCAGAACGAAACCUGUCACUUGGCUCGCAUCCUCCUGCCCUGCCGCCUGGGCGAUCCGGACCCCUUCCUCCACCUCCUUCUGAGAGACCGCCUGCAUUGGGUAGGAAUACAGGUGGACGAACAGGUCCUCUUCCACCUCCACCUCCUUCUGGUCGUCCAGGAGGAGGAGGAAGUGUGAGGUCAUCACCAGCCCCUCCUCCUCCAAACAGACCCGGUGUGGAGCCUCACCGUGGUGGCAGUAGACCACCACUCCCACCAGACAGACCCUCCGCUGGACCUCUGCCCCCUCCUCCCCAACCUAUGGGCAAUGGUUACCACAAUCAAGGGCAUUAUAUAGAUGAGUGGGAAUCACGCUUCACGUUCCGACCUGUAUCAGACCUUCCAGCCCCAGAGCCCUACAUUCCCUGUCAGAAGACCUAUCCUAGCAAACUGGCCAGGAACGAAAGCCGAGGUUCAGGAAAGAAAGAGCGAGGUGCACCUCCCCUCCCCCCCAUACCUAGGUGAAAGAAACCGUUUUCUCAGGGUCUGACAAUCCUUCCUUUAGCCAAUUAUCUUGUUUUCUCUGGUACUGUCUGUUUCUGAUAUUUUUCAACCAGAGUAUUUCAUUAAAAUAUCAACAAAAUAAAUAAGCACACAAAACAUCACAAGGUGUUCUAUUAUAGAAAACGUAUAUCUUUUAUAGCAUUUGUUUUUUUUGUUUUAUAGAUUAAUACAUAUUUGCUAUUAUGACUAUGUCAAGUAAAGACCUCUACAGUGAUACUACAGCUAAGUUUGACUUUAUUUUUGAGGAUUUUUUUGGGCGCAAGAUUGUUGCAGCAGUUUAUUGCCCUUUAGGAGAAUUUUUCAGUUUGUCUGUCACUUCUACUCGAUCAGUGUUUGUUAGACACUCUAUGUAAUUAUAUUUUAGGAAGGAAUGCAACAGUCAGUUUUAUGCCUCUCAUUAAAGGGAUAGUUCACCCUAAAAUUUAAAUUGUCAUUAAUUGCUCACCCUCAUGUCGUUCCAAACCCGUAAGACUUUCGUUCGUCUUCGGAACACAAAUUUAGAUAUUUUUUUUAUUAAAUCUGAACUUCUUUGAUACUUCAAAAAGUUUAAAAAGAGAUUCUAAAACCAAUCCAUAUGAAUUGAGCGUACCGCGUAGCCUUUUCUGUAGAGACCAAUCGCUUUAUUUGAUCAAACAUCCUUGAACUUCUGUUUACCACAACUGAUGUGUGAGUUGAUGAAUGUUUAUAUGUGAUUAAAAGCCUAAAUUCAAUCUUUUUAACAUAUAAAGCGAUCAUGAAAUUUGAACUAAACCUCUCAAUUCAUAUGGAAUAGCGUCUCUUGGAAGUCGUAGUUGUCAACGGAGGGACAGAAAAAUCUCGGAUCUCAUCAAAAAGAUCCUCAUUUGUGUUCUGAAGAUGAAUGAAAGUCUUGUGUGUUUGGACUGACAUGAGAGUGAGUAAUUAAUGACAGAAUUUUCAUUUUUGGGUAAAUAUCAAUUUAAACCAUUGGUAACUUUGGUGAGUUUUGGCACCACCUACCUUCCUGUUUUCAUACAACACAGUAGGAAUGUAGCGUUGACGUUUCAAAGGUAAAUUGUAAGGUGACUAGAACAAUAUCAGACUGAAAUUAAAUGAAUGUGUUUGCUUUAGUACCAUUGUGUGUGCAUGUGUAUGUGGUGAUAAGGGCCAACACAUUAUAAAGAAUGUGGAAUGUUCUCCAGAGCUGCAGUCUGUCAGGACUCUGUUAAUCCUGUAGCACGUAUGGAUGGUACUACCACCAGAUUUGUUCACAUAUGCAGUGCGUGAUGUAAAAAUAAAAAGGACUGAGUUUAUGGGGAAAUGUGGAUGUCCUUUAUCCCCCAUUUAAAUUAAGUCUGAGAGCUGAUGUUGUAUAGAACUAAUCUUUAAAUGGAAAAUGAUUUGUCUUAAAAUCUCAUGCAAGUGUGUUUCUAUGUAUCAUGGGAUUCUUCUAUCUGUGUUGAAGUCAAAACUGUGUUUAAAAAGUGCUAUAUUUUAUGAUAUAUGAAUGCACUUGCUUGUUUUGUUGAUAUUAGCUCAGUAUUAUGUUGCUUUAUGUAUGUUUCUCAGACAUGUAGACGUGCCUGUCAGGAAGUGUACUGUUAUGUUUGACUAAAGCGCUUUACUAAAAGUAUAAUCAAUAAUGUAUCAAUCUUUAAGUCACAAUGUCAAUGUAAUGGCUUGGUUUAUGCUGCAUUAUGUUUGUUUACAUAAAGAAGAGUUGCAAAAGCCUUCUAAUAAAACAUUAAAAGGAAAAUUACAUUUAAGUGAUGUAUGCAAAACAGCAAGCAUAUUGAAUUAGACAGAUGAUUGCACAGAUAAUUGCACAGCCAAAAGGAAACAAUUUGCCACCAACCUUAUUAGUAAUACCUACUACGGCCACUUAUUUUUUAUGUUCUGUUUGCACCCAGUUUAUGACAUUGUGUUGACCAGAUGAGUAAUGAGGUACUUUAUAUGUUCUCUUUGUGCCUGUAAAUGCACAUUUUUAGUUUCAUACAACAUACUGUUGUUUAGUUUGUGUAUAUUUGCUUUCUUAAAAACAGUCGUUUGCUAUUCUGAUGUGGCAAAAUAUGUUGUUUUCUAAAUAAAAAUCCGAUAGACGCUG